GAUUUUUCAACAAAGAAAAAGUAGUACCAAAUUCCCCUCUCCUUUUCUCCACAACUUUUUAGGGCAAUUCAACACCCAUUAAAACUGGGAUCUCAUCAAAGUUCUAUGCUAGCAGAGGUUCAUUGCAUGGUGAUGAGGAUAAACCUCGAUUGCAAUGCUUGUUGCCGGAAAAUGAGGCGAAUUCUCCUUCGGAUGAAAGAAAUCGAGACGCAUUUGAUAGAGAAGCAACAGAACAAGGUGACAGUGUGUGGAAGAUUCGUCCCUGCCGAUCUAGCCAUAAAGAUAAGGAAGAAGAUGAACCGAAGAGUUGAGAUUCUUGAAAUUGAAGAACUUGGUAACAAUGAUAAUGGACAUAUACAACAAAUGCCUCAUGUACUAGCACAACCAGUUUAUUAGUGUUUUUUUUAAAAUAUAAAGAUAAAUGACUGUAAUUUAUUUUUGUACUACAUGAAAAUAAAUACUUUUUGCUUGGAUUAAA